GCGCGGCCGGCGGUGGGGGUCGGACGCCGGCGCCGGAGACGCUCCACUCUGUCGCUCGUCCGCCUCCAGCGCGCGCCAUGGCAUCCAAGUGCCCCAAGUGCGACAAGACCGUCUACUUCGCUGAGAAAGUAACUUCGUUGGGAAAGGAUUGGCACAAGUUCUGUUUGAAAUGUGAGCGCUGCAACAAGACCCUGACUCCUGGUGGGCAUGCUGAGCACGAUGGAAAGCCCUAUUGUCACAAACCCUGUUACGCAACAUUAUUUGGACCAAAAGGUGUGAACAUCGGAGGGGCAGGAUCCUACAUCUAUGAUAAGCCCCAAUCUGAAGGGCAAGUGGCACCAGGCCCUAUUGAGCACAUAUCCAAAGUAGAAGAAAAGAAAGCGAGCGCAGCACCCAAGGCACCCAGCAAAGCUACCAGCAUUACCACCUUCACUGGGGAGCCAAACAUCUGCCCACGCUGCUCUAAGAAGGUCUACUUUGCUGAGAAGGUGACUUCACUGGGCAAGGACUGGCACCGCCCCUGCCUGCGCUGUGAGCGCUGUGGCAAGACUCUGAUCCCCGGAGGCCACGCUGAGCAUGAUGGACAGCCUUAUUGCCACAAGCCAUGCUAUGGGAUCCUCUUUGGACCAAAAGGUGUGAACACAGGUGCAGUCGGAAGUUACAUCUAUGAUCAAGACUCAGAAGCGAAAGACCAGCCUCAAGGGCCUUCGGCUUCGGGCGGGAUGCUUUCUCGCGGCGAGGCCAGCAGCGCGGCCAAUUCUCCACCCGCCCGCUGGGGCCGAGGAAAGGGCGAGGCGUCGCUGGCGGAGCUUGGAGGGUGCGGCCAAGGCGGGCGUGGUCGGAGGCGCCGAGGCGAGGCAGGAUCCUCUCCGCGAGCGAGUAAGCGAGCAGGCAAGUGCAACGGCUCUCCGCUCGUAGCUGCGACCGCUGCCCUCCGUCGGGGAGACCGAGUGCUUGACGCCGCCGCCGCCGCCACCGAAAUGCCCAAGUGCCCCAAGUGCCAGAAGGAGGUGUACUUCGCUGAGAAAGUCACUUCCCUGGGGAAAGACUGGCAUCGGCCGUGCUUGAAGUGCGAAAAAUGCAGCAAGACUCUGACUGCAGGUAGCCAUGCAGAGCAUGAUGGGAAGCCUUAUUGCAACCACCCUUGCUAUGCUGCCUUGUUUGGACCAAAAGGGUUUGGCCGUGGAGGGGCUGAAAGCCACACCUUCAAAUGAAGUUCAGGGCUGUAAGGAUGGAAUUGGCUGUGGAUUCCGGCAGUUUCACAAAUCGUAAUAGCCGCAAUGUGCCUCUCCCCCACCCCAAGCAUGUAGCAAGCUAGCUUAUUAUGAAGGCUUUCAAAAGAGGCAUCAUGCUAGAUAACUGGGAGAUUUCCUGCUCUGUGUAAGUGGAAACAUACUUUGAGGUGGAGACCAGAAUCUUUUUUCCUAAUUUUAACACGGAGAGUUUCUUGGAAAUGAAUUCAUGCCCAAAGCCUAGCCCUGCUUUUAGACUCUGCUGUCCACGAUGAUGAUUGUGUCUCAGUAAUAAAAUCUUGAUUUGAA